ACACACCCUGAGUUUGGUCGGACACUCUCUCUCAAUGUUCGUUUUGUUAUUCUCAACCGCGUUUCCUCGCGCGUCGGCCCGGCUUUGUUUUUCUUCUUUCUAGUUUCUUUCCUUUUCUUGACUUCCAUGGAGUCUCUCCCUCUCCUCAUCGGAGUGGGAGCCCAGAGGAGAGCAUCACUAGGGAUCUCUACUUACAACUACAACCAAUCUCUCCAAGGCACAAGAACCACCAGCAAUCCCAACGAUGAGGCUUCCUCGUGGUUGUCGUUUCGAUCCCAACGAGUUCGAGCUCAUUCAGUACCUCUCCGACAAGGUCAACGGAUGCCCGGAUCCUGGCCAGGGUUUGAUCAAAGACGACAUUGAUGCUUAUGCCUCCAGCCCUGAUCUUUUGUCUGCUAAUUUUUGCCCAGAUGAUGGGGAUGGGAGGUUAUUUUGUUUCACCCCUAUCAAAUUUAGAAAGGGGCUUCGUUGCAGGGAUCGCAGCACCCCAGAUGGUCACUGGAAAGCUACAGAUGCCAGGCGUAGGAUCGAUGAUAAAGUGGGAAAUCCGGUUGGAUGCGUGCAAACAUUAAGUUAUUACCUUCGGGAAAAGGGGGGUUGUGAGGUCUAAAUGGAUCAUGAAGGAAUACACCCUUCCUAAUUGCCAAAAUGUGGGUCUCUGUGUGAUAUAUUCUUCACUGAACAGAUAUAAGAAGUCAAACAAAGAGAGGGACAGUUGCCUGAAGCCUAUCCAGAACCAAAGCUCUUUAUCUUAUAAUGCUUCCAGCAAAGAUGAUGUUUCCAACUUUAGGUCAUCCCAGGGAUCGCCAUCUACCCAUGGAGUAAGUAUCAGCUAUUCAAGUGCUGUUGGUGCAUGCUCAGGAUCAGUAAAUAUUGAUGGUACGGGUGGAGCAGGCCUUAUAGACGACCAUUUAUUUCUUGACCCGUCCUGGGAAGAAUUCAUCUCAUUUAGUGGUCACAACGUACUUUCGGCAGCAAAACUUCCUUGUUUACCAGAUAAUGGAUGGCCUGAUGGAGGUGACACUGAUAUCUUCAAACUUGAGGAUGUUGCAGGUCCAAAUAAUUGGCCUGACCUCUUGCUGGAGGAAGUUGACUCACCAAAGUUAGACCUGGAGCUCUGCAAUAGUGAUAUUUAUGGAACCAAACCUGAUUCAAAAAUGUAGCAAGAUGCCAUAUUUGCAAUGCCAACUUGCUCUCUUCUAUUGCUAUCUAGUAGGUAAUUAUUUGAUGUUGUUUCAUGGAGAUCUUGUUUAUUAAUUUUUCUUAUUUAUUUCAGGCAAAAAUUUCUUUAGAAGAGCCUGCACUCUAUAGCCUUUUAUAUAAAUCUGACAAACUUUGGCAAUUUCCUGCUGAUUGCAACUCUGUAUUUUGUUGGGUCCUUGUACUGCCAUAAUGCAAGCCUACUUUGCCAAGAUGUGACUGAUAGUGGAAAACUUAAGAGUUAGAUUUGGACUUUAUUUCAUAUGUUAACUAAUAUUAAACAGGAAAAUACUUUUGUGUUUGUCAAAGAAGAGUUCUAGACUUGGAACAACACUGAAGGGAGGAGCUAGCGGCUAGCGUGGUUAUCUACCCGAUGCCUCAGGAAUCAAAAUUAUAUUAUAUGCAGGUUGUGCUCCUCUCUUCAUCGAGAGGUUGUUUCUCAUUGGGUUCAUGCAAGGAAAUGCUUGAAGCAAUACCACAAAAUAGGAUGUUUCGUGAAAAUGAUGCAAGAGAAGGUAUGAUUGAAUAAAGGACGGCACAGCACAUGCCUCAAA